ACGAAUAACAUACUCUUACCAGUCGGAGACAUCUUACUUGUCAGUCGGAAAAUAUAGAAAAGAAAUUAAGUAAAAUCCAUAAAAACCGCCUGGUUUCUUCAGAAAUUUAAGAGAAGAUUAAACGACCGUAAGAGUCGACCGUAUUAGCAAUAAUAAUUUCAUGUUUAAUUUGUGUUUCCGUUGACAAUAUUAAGACAUAUUUCCAUUAUCCACCAACGUUAUGUCAAAACAGUGAUCUCAUUGAUAAACAUAAAAUUACUGAAGGAAACAAUUCUGUGUUUACGCUUUCCCAAAAUGAACAAAGCUUGUUUUAUUGACGGUUGCUCUGCAUACAAGGAAAAGAAUACGUCAUUUCAUCGAUUUCCAAACGAUCCGAAAAUCUGCAAGAGUUGGUGUGAAUCGAUAAUAGCACUUAACAAACAGGAAAAUGCAUUCAGUUUUCGUCGUAAUUCGUACGUUUGCGGUCAUCAUUUCACAAGCAGUGACAAAUACGAUUGCGGCGGGAAAACUAAGCUCUACAGAAAGGCAGUUCCAAGUUUAUAUCCACAAAAUUGUGAAACAGAACCGGUGCACAAUGACCCACGGGGAUCCGAAACUGAGCCAGUUGUCGCAGUCGAGGGUGGUGAGACGAACAAAAUCUUGGAUGAAAGUUCGAAUGUUCCAUCGGACCAGGAAGAUUUUCUCGGUUUCAAUACAGAUGAUCUAAGGAGAGAAAUUAUUGGCAGAGUUGAGCCCGAAAACGAUACUAGUCUCGCAAAUCCAUCGGAUUCUAAUGAAAUUGAUGACGAAAUAAUUUUUGUGGAAAAUACUGUGGAGGUGAUUGAAAUCGACGACGAGGACGAUAACGAGGUACCUCAACCGGCACACAUUGAACAAGACAAAAAACCUCUUUCCAAGUAUGAAAUCCAACAAAUGGUGAUUUCAAACCAUCCGCAAGUUCAAUUGGUUAAGCCGAAACUAGAUUGGAAAUCGGACCAGUUUCGGUUGGUGUAUAUAAAUGGGAAAAAUCAAAACUACUGCACCUGUACGAAAUGCUGGGAGUUGUUCGAUGAGAUAAACAUUGACACUGUAGUCAGACACGCUAAAUGCAAUCCCACUCCAAGUGUUUCUCCUUGCGGAAAAAGGAAGAAAUUGAAUCUGGAAAAUGUUACCGGGCAAGAACUUGACAUUACCGGUGCAUCACGUGAGAAGGUCACAACUUCCAAGAUUCAAAUAAUAGCAGCCUGUAUGGAUGUACAAACAUCAACAUUUUAUCAACGAGAAAAAUUCUUGCAAUUUGCUCAAUUUCUGGUCGAUACUGGUGCAACUUAUGCAUCUGCGAACAAACAUAAAUUCGAGUACGAGCUGAAGUACGAGGCGUUGUGUUCAUUCGGAGGCCAGCUAAAAGACAUGCAAUCGUCGAAAAUUCAGUCAAUUUUCAAUGAUUCCACAGUUGAUUUCUCAUUAUCGUGCGAGGUUUGGGAAGAUAUUUUCCGAAGCAAAACGAAUAUUUCAUUGGAAUUGCAUUAUUUGGAUGAAAAUUUCCUGAGCCACAGAGUCGUGAUCGGUGUGCGAUCGAUUAGUGGUAUCGGCAUCGAGGACUCAAUAAUCUGUGAUCGAAUACUUGACAUUCUGAACAUUUACACAAAGGAAAACAACGGAGCAGAAAUACUGGAAAGGGCUACCGCUUUUGUAACUUCAAGAAGAUUGGAUACUGAGUCGCUACGAACUACAUGCUUUCCAUCUGCUUGUAGCAUAAUCAACGAAGUAGCAAAUGGAAUUAUUAAUGAUAAUAGACUAAAAAUUGCAGAGAAAUGCCUUCAUGUGAUAGGAUGGCUGAAUGCAGUGUGUACAGAACGGAUUACCGAAUUUGAUGCAAGAAAGUGGGAGAACAUCUUCGAGCUCUUUAAACGAUUUACCAACAAAAAAACUUCAUUCAUUCAGCGAGCCGUCGACGCUACGUUUCCACAAGAUACCUCUACUUUGCAGCUUUUAGAACCAUUUCACAGUGCAAUCGUCCAGCUAACUGAAGCUGGAAACAACAUAACCAAAGUGUUUGGUAUCUACAAGCAACUAGAAAAUAAUCUGACGCCACUUGAGUGCGAUGAAAGGACUGUGAAAUUAGUGAAACGUAAAGCCGUAUCACUUCUACGAACAGCUUUUGCUGACUCCGAAACAUACCAAAUUUGUAUGUUCCUAGAUCCAUCCAACCGAGACCAAUACAAUUCGCUUGAAUCGGACAAAAUGGAUAAUCUGCAGUCAAAAAUAGAUCUUAUGAUUAAUCCGCACAUCUCGAAGGAAAACGGUCGCGUUGAAAACGAUUUGAUGGAUUUCAUGGACGAUAAUGUAACGUCACAGGCGAAUCAGAUCGAUCUGUUCUUACAAUGGUCGGUGCCGAGCAAACACAAUCCGUACGAGUUUUGGCGUGAUAACAAGCAGAUGCCUGGACUGAGAGCUCUAGCACGGAAAUAUUUCAGCAUACCAUCGUUUGUGUCCCGGGUGGAAUGUAAAUUUUCGAAAGAUGCUGUCGAAUUUUUGUCGAAACGAAGUAAGUUAGACGUGAAAGACUUGGAAGCAAUAUUAAUGAUGAAUUCAUCAGAAAUCGAUGUAGAUCUCAUAAACGUUAAAUAAAUUCUUUAAUUAACUGAAGU